AUAUCAUUGGAUUGACUGUCAAAUCAAUUGUUGUUUUAUUUCUUUAUAAAAACACGUGUUUUUUGUGGACAACAUUUUAAUCGAUGAUAAUGACAUCCACGACGACGACGACGAAGAUAUCGAUGGACUCGUCGGCGAUGCCGACAACCCCUAUCCGAAACACUUCUCAAUUGGACAGACAAUCGAUGAGACAGAGUUUGGCCACCAGUCCGCGUAGUCCGUCGGCGGUCAACGAUUCUUAUCUCUACGAAAACGACUCAAUCGAGAGGCCAUACCUUCCCGAGUGUUGGACAGAUACCAAACGCAUGACAUCGUUGAUGGCUCCGUUCAGAGCCCGUGAGGCCAAUCCGGAGGGCUGGGACUUGAAGAUGAACUUUUGGAUCAAUUGUAUUACCCGAUGGUCAUUGCAAACACAUUCUGUGGUCUUCAAUGUGGCCGACGUUACGAAAGCCUUUGAAAGAGGAGGCAAACGGCCGGACAUUCAAUGUUUACAACUGGUGUUCAGUCAUUUGAAACGAAACAAAAGUGUUGUCUCAUUGCACGAUCUGAAGAGCAAUCAAUACAACAGCAGUUCAUCCAAGAGUUGGAUUAAUUGGGGUUUUAGUACAUUAGUGGUCAAACCGAUUAGUUUUGGUCUGUCGAUUGUCUCGAGCGGCGACAAAGAUAGCGAUGUAUGCGAAGUUAUUUUACCAGAAAUCAGUUCCGACAGUAAACUAGUAUUGAAUGAAUCACUGAAAGUGAUGUCCGAAGAGAUGAACAAAUAUCUAACGAAUUUAGAAGACAUCGAUUGUAUUCGUUUUGAUAAUCUUUUUAAUAAAUGCAAAAACAAGUUAAACAUCGAUUUGGAAACAUUUUCGGUGAUUAUUAGCCAAUUGGAGGCCAAUAAUAAACUCAAGAUAUUUGUCGAGAGUGGCAUCAAAAUUGUAAAAAUCGGGAAAAACAGUGUAAUCAGUGAAUCGGACAUCGGAUUGAUACGGUUGGAAACGGCCAAAGAGCUGCUCGAGUCCGAGAUUGACAAACUUGAGUCGGAAAUCGAGUCCAUCAAAGACGAGGCCCGCGUUUGUGUCCGAAACAAAAAUCGCGAGAAAGCCGUUAUUUUGUUGCGACGCAAGAAGAGAGUGGAAGACAAACUCGGAAAGAAAGUGAUUCAAUUGGAUAACGUGGACCUACUUAUUGAUCAAUUAAUGAACUCGAGUUCGCACAAUAUGCUUGUUCAGGCCUUCCAGAGAGCUAACGAAGCGCUAAAAUUGGCCAAUAAUAGCCAGGAUGACAUCGAAAACACAAUGAACGACGUCGAAGAAACUAUCGAAACAGUCAACGAAAUGGUCGCCGAUGUUAGUCGACCACUGGUUGGUCAACCGAUCGAUGACGACAUUGAAGAAGAGUUGGACGAUCUGCUCAAUGAGCUCAACGCUAGCGAACAACAGUCGAACAGUCAGUUAUCAAAGCCGACGAAAAUUAUUGAUAAAACCAAAGAUGAAGAAUUGGUUAACAUUUUGAAUAAUUUGUCAGUUAAUGAUCAGUCAAUUAAUGAGUCCAUUGAAGAUACAGACAAACUACCAGUUUCUUUGGCAGCUAAUUAACAGCCAUUUAUUAUUGGUUUAUGUUAUUACUAUUUAUAUAUA